CUUACUUGCGCUUACUUGGGUUUCAGGAAGUGGAGUGACUGCAUGCGCAGGUGCUAGUUAGACUCGGGAGUCAGCGUGGGGCUGGUGCUUUCCACAUGCGCUUCAGGGAUAGAUGCUGCAGGGCAGGGAACACUGAACUCCACAAAGCGCCAAGCAAGAGUCACUUUUCUUGGCGUUCUCUGACACUGGUGGACCUCGCAGGGACAGCGUUAGCUUUGAGCUGAUUGUCUCUUGUGUGGAAGCCUUGAAGUAUGCAUUCCGGGGUGGAGGGAAGGUUUUCGAGAGGCGGACUGUCUCCCCGCUUAGGCUUAAGAAUUUGGCACGUUCUUCUCAAACACCGGUUCAUUGAAGAUGCCAAGCCGACUCCUGAUGGCUCUGGGAGCUAAGUUGGCUACCCAUUCCCUGCCCUGUUCUGUCCCUCAUGGGGAAGGAUCGCCAACAGGCUGUCCGGUGUGGGGCUCUGCACCUGCUGCUCAGUCUCCGAGGAUGAGCAGAAGGGCAAGAGACUGGCACCCCCCCCCCCUCAGCUGGGCAGGAAGGUUGGUAAGGUCUACUUUUCAGCCAGAGCACCCAGCAAGAAACCAAUUAGAGGAGGAAUCCUGACUGUCGAGUGAUUUCAUUGAGCAUUUUCUGUGGCAAGCGGUGAGGGAGGGGGCUGCAGGAAAGCGCAGGAAGGGAAGCUUCUGGGAGGCUGCUGCCUUGUGAACCGCUGCUGCUCCCCAAAUUCCCUCUGUCGGGGGAGCCUUUUGCCCUCUUCCUGAACAGCUGACUUCAGAGUCGAGUUGUGUGUGUUGGAUCCAGGUCCCCUAUCCGGCUCUGGCUCUGGGGAGGGGGCUGCUUUUGGAGCCUGGCUGCCGUGGUGAAGGGCUGCUUCCUGCUGCUGCCUCCAUUCCUGGGCAACUGUUUUAGCGGCUGCAUCUGGGAGCUCCAGGCCCCGCAAGCCAUGUUCCGGAUCAAGCUGGAGCCUUUAAAAAUGAGCGCCUGGGCUAUGAAUGUGUUUGUGAAGUUUCGGAAUAAAGAGUCGUCGUCGUCGUCGUCGGCUGGGACCGUCUCCACCACCAACAUGGGGAAGGACUACUACAAAACGCUGGGGAUCCAGUCUGGAGCCAACGAAGACGAGAUCAAGAAGGCCUAUCGGAAGAUGGCCUUGAAGUACCACCCGGAUAAGAACAAGGACCCCAACGCGGAGGAGAAGUUCAAGGAGAUCGCGGAGGCCUACGAUGUGCUGAGCGACCCCAAGAAGCGGGCCGUCUAUGACCAGUACGGGGAAGAAGGGCUCAAAACUGGUGGCGGCUCGUCGGGCACCCCUGGGAACACCUUCCACUACACCUUCCAUGGGGACCCCCACGCCACCUUCGCCUCCUUCUUUGGGGGCUCCAACCCCUUUGACAUCUUCUUCACCAGCGGCCGCUCCCGGGUCUUCAACGGCUUCGACCACGACGACAUGGACAUCGACGACGACGAGAGCGGCGACCCGUUCAGCGCCUUUGGCCGGUUUGGCUUCAACGGGCUCAAUGGCGUCCACCGCCGGCACCCGGAGCCCAUCCACAUGCGCCGGAAGGUCCAGGACCCGCCCGUGGUCCACGAGCUCAAGGUGUCCCUGGAGGAGAUCUACCACGGGGCCACCAAGCGGAUGAAGAUCACCCGCCGGCGGCUGAACUCGGACGGCCGGACCAUGCGGACGGAGGACAAGAUCCUGAACAUCGUCAUCAAGCGCGGCUGGAAGGAAGGCACCAAGAUCACCUUCCCCAAGGAAGGAGACGCCACUCCGGACAACAUCCCCGCCGACAUCGUCUUCAUCCUGAAGGACAAGCCCCACUCACUCUUCCGGAGGGACGGGACAAACAUCAUCUACACGGCCAUGAUCAGUCUGAAAGAGGCCUUGUGCGGCUGCACCGUCAACAUUCCCACCGUGGACGGGCGCGUCAUCCCGCUGCCCUGCAACGACAUCAUCAAGCCGGGCACCGUGAAGAGACUGCGUGGCGAAGGGCUGCCUUUCCCCAAGGUGCCCACCCAGCGCGGGGACUUGAUUGUAGAGUUCAAAGUCCGCUUCCCGGACAGAAUAGCCCCCCAGACCCGGCAGAUCCUCAAGCAGCACCUCCCCUGCUCUUAGGGCCCCCCCUCCGGGCUGGACGGCCCCCGGCCUCCCUGCCAGGCCGGCCACCUUGCCUUCCGAGCAGCAAUACUUCACUCACGGGUGCUGCGGUCCACUUGGCCUUCGCGAUGCACGGGGAGGGGGAAGUGCCCCCGGCUGCCCACCCAUGCCCUCCUUUUCCAAGAGACGCUCUGGCCUGGCUUGUGUGUGCGCUCCCUCUUUUGCCCCACGGCCCGGCUGGCACCCACUCUCUCUCUCCCCCCCCCCUCUCCCUCUCGAGCCUGGUGCAAGCCUCGAGCCCCCUCUCGCCGCUCCUGGAGGGUUUCUACUGGGCAGUUUGACAAGCGGCCGGCCGUCGGAAGCACUUGGGACGUGGCUUCCCCCAACCCACUCCGGUGUAAAUAGGACCCGGACUUCUCUCCUGCUUCCUGCGGACGGUCUGAGGACCUUUGUGCUCUGGCUGCCACUGAGGCAAUGUGCCAAGGAGCCACCCGAUCCUGCCUUGCAGAAGCAGGGCCCGCCCACACCUGGACUGGGCCCCCACGGUGCCACCUGCCCUUCCUCCGUCGCUGUGUGUUUCCGUGUGGAAUGGAGAAGGCCUGCUCUUGCCCUCGGCUCCCACACCACCUUCGCUUCGGAGCCCACAAGACGGCUCUGCGGAGCCAGGCCAAGCUCAGCUUCAUCCGGCGAGCCAACCUGCCGCUUUUGCCACGGAGCUCGAGGCCUGCUUGGCUUGGCAGCUCCUUUGUCGCUUAAUAGAAACUUUGCAAGGGUUGCUUUCUACUGUCUGGUGUGGUUCAUCUGAGGGCUCCCCCCCUUUUUUUGCGGGAGCCAGGGGUGGGAGAAGCCGGCCUGAGAAGGGCACAAGCUACGUAGGCCUCAAGGUUCAGAGCCAGGGUCCGAGGAGAGGUCCGAGAGGGGGGUGUAUGGGUGCGUGUCUAGGGGCACAGGGGGAGCCAUUUUUCAGGGAGAUCCGGAAGGGCCAGGCCAGCGUGGGGAAGAGGAGGAGGAGAGUCGCCGGGAGAGCUGCUUGUGUGGUGCUUUAUUUAGAGGCUGCAUUUUUAAAAACUUUUCCGAGGGACAUUUUCAGAGAAGCAUUUCUUAUCCUCUCCAGCGGAGACUUUGCUCCACCCGCAGGGACGUCUCUGGGAAGUGAGGGGGGCUUGACUUCCAAAGGGUUUUGACGCUGUUUUGCAAAAGCACCCUUUCUCCUGCCCACCCCCUGUUAAAACCCCUCCCUGACAAAAUGUGGUGCCAAAACCUGGGGAUCUCUGACUUACCGUUUUGCCUGUUUGGAAGCCACUUUCUCUGACUUGAAACGGGGGCGCCUGCCUGGGCUGCCCACAGCGGUGCCCCGGGGUGGGGGGUGGGGGGGUGGCGAGCAGAGUGACCGCCUGCUUCAGCCUGGCUUUUUUUCCUGAGCUGACCCUUGGCUGCCUCCGACUUGCCCUGUGGUCGGGCGGAGAGUCUGCCGCGGCUUCCUGUAUAGCUGUACAGAACCUCACACUUUGGGUCCUUUUAAUGUGCAAUUUUUCUCUCUGAGGAGAUUGAAACUGUUAACGCAGUGUUGAACUUACCAACCAGUUUGAAUGGUUAAGGCGAUGCCUUUCUUUGCCCCCCCCCCCCAAUGUGUGUGUGUUUUUUUUUUAAACAAAUACAAAAAAACUCAGGCUGCUGGUGGUUGUGGCAGGGCUGGUGGGAGAGAGCGGAACUGGGAGCUCCUUUGGGGUUUUUCUCCGUUUCAGGGAGACCCCGAGUGGUUUUAUAGCGGGUUUUUUGUAUUUCUUUAUUCUUUUGUAAUGUCCCGUAUUAAUAUUUAAAGAAAAUAAAGUAUUUUAAAAAUAGUUUCUUUGUGUGCCUUCGUAUUACUGUGCCUGCCGCGGAGGGGGGAUGGAAACUGCCUUGUCCUUGCAGUGUUUUGCACCGGGAGACCUCUCUCUGCCUGGCUCUGCUUCCCCUUAAAGAACCGGAGAGUCACUGAGCUGGUUUGGCUGGUUUGAUCGCACUCCAAGAUGCAGUCUUCCAGGUCACACAGGUCCAGGACUCUUCAGGCUGGUCCUUAAAACCAAAUGUAUGUGGCAGGGUAUGGAGCUAACACCCAACAAUUAAUAUUUGCAGACUUUUUCAGCAAGUUGAGGGAAGGUUGCAAUGUAUUUUUUUGCUGCAUUAACUGCAAACAUGUCACAGAGCAAGUGUUGAAGUUACACGCAGCUUGUCUGAGUCCGGAUCAGUGAAUGCAAAGAUACUUGAUUGAAAAACGCUUGCUGUUUCCAUUGAGCGCAGGGGCAGCUAACCUCUCU